AAAGUAGUAAACCCCUUCAUGACGCGGGAGAUCUCCACGACAUCAUCGAGUUGGUCCGAGCUUCACAAAGUCCCAUACGUGCAUCUUAUCUUUCCCCCCGUUAUCACCACGCAUCUCAACAUUCUGCAACAACCCCACAUUCAGCAUACCCCUCAAUAACGAUAAUGGGCUCUUCGGCUUCUAAAGGCGCAAAGGCUGCUGGCUCUGCCGCACGGCAAUACCCUACCAGGGCUCCUACAAGUACCACACAAAGGGCUCCCGCGCCUUCCGCACCUGCACAGGCUCCUACAAGGGGACCGACUGUGCAUCCUGAGGUGCAGGCUACAGGAGAGAAGACGGAAGCUGUCUUACAAGAUGCGCGCGAUCCUGCCUUCGCAUCUCGAUUGAGCAGUCUCGGUGCUGUACAACCGAACCCACAUUACUCGCCUUCCUCUCAAUCGCAGUUCGAUCCUCGUCGGAACACCUCGCCCAAUUUGCCCUCGGAUACCAUGAUGCAAUCGCUACCACAGUCCGCGUUCCCAGACCCGCGCAACAACCCUGUACUGCGAGUACUAGAGGCAAGACAAAAGAUAGCAGAUCAGGCGGAAGACGAGUUGCGAGACGUAGGUAGGAGAGGUUUCCAAGGGAGAACAUAUGUGGAUGCUGGUGUCAUAACAUUGGCGAUGAUGAGACAGGCCAAGGGAGAACCCGAUUCGAGGAUUGAAGACGCACUAGGAAUCAAGAGGGGCAGGCUGAGUGUGUUGGGCAAAGGUACGGUGGAAGCUGUAGCCCUGGCCUGAGCAGACGAUAUCGAAGACGUCACGACAUAUCCACGAGACAUCUGAAGGCGAAUGCAGCGGCGUCAAACGGCCAGCGGGGAUCGAUUUGAUCUGCAAAAGAGAGUACAUGUGUACAUACGAAACAAGAACGAGAGAAGAUCGUGUCAACACCAAGCUCAGCCUUCCCAACCGGUGCAAUGCGUUACCCUA